GUCCUCAAAUCUGAAGUUUGACGAGGAGUUCCAUGAGAAGAGAGUAACCCUAGUAGCCGGCAGCAGCAGACGCACACACAGAACAGAGAGGAAAAGCCAAAGAUGACUUUCAAGCGCAGGAACGGUGGAAGGAACAAGCACAACAGAGGUCACGUCAACCCAAUCAGAUGCUCCAACUGUGGCAAAUGUUGCCCCAAGGACAAGGCCAUUAAGAGGUUCAUCGUGAGGAACAUUGUGGAACAGGCUGCUAUCAGAGAUGUUCAGGAAGCCAGUGUCUACGAUGGAUACACAUUGCCAAAGCUGUAUGCAAAGACACAAUACUGUGUCUCAUGUGCUAUCCACUCUCAUGUCGUUAGAGUUCGUUCCCGCACCAACCGUAGGGUUCGUACUCCUCCUCCCCGUUUUGUCAGACGCAAGGAUGAUGCUCCUAAGCCUGGACAGCCAGGACAGGCCCCUCGUCCAGCUGGACCUGGAGCUCCAGCUGCACCCCGUGUCUGAAGCCUGCAAGCAGCUUUCUCUCUUGUUUUUUAUGUUCUAGCGACGUUUUUGAGGAUGUUUCUCUCUGGUUCAAAUUAUAUUACUAUGUGGAUCUUGAGUUCUGUCAAACUAUUUCAUUAGUUGAUUCAACUUUGCUUUUGGCAUCUUUAUAUCCAGUUCUGCAAUCUGCUGUUUUAGUUUA